UUUCUUCCUUUCUGUAUGUAUUGAUGUUUGUGAGAUAUGUCAAAUAAGAAAAGUGUGGUUGAAAUAGAUAAAUUUGUAAUGCCUAACACUGAUUGAAGAAACUAAUCUGUAGGCCUUUGAAGAUAACUGAUAUGGAUGACAACAUCAUAAUUCAUAGGUGACCUAUCUUAGAUGGCUUUUGUAACGCAAGAUUCCUUUUUAUGACUUCUUGUUCUUACUUUGUGUAUAUAUUGAUGUUUGUUUGAUGUAUCCAUUGAGGUCCGAACUAAGUGAGUCUAUAACAUCAAAUUACAAAAGGGUUGAAACAGUAGUAUGAAAGUUAGAAUGGCAACUCUUACAUUGAUUGAAUAAAAAAAAAUCUUUAGGCCUUUGAAGUUAGAUUUUAUAGAUGGCACCAUUAUAGAUGACCUAUCUUAGAUGGCUUUUUGUACUGUCUUUAGUUCCAAACGACUGCUCCCAAGAGCUGUUUUAUGCGACCACCCGGUGGUAUUCUUGCUCCUGGAGAAGGCCUCGUAGCCACUGUGUUCAAGUUCGUGGAGCAUCCGGAGAAUAACGAGAAACGUGUAAAUCAGGAGAGCAAGGUUAAGUUCAAGAUUAUGAGUCUUAAAGUUAAUGAAGGAACAGAUUAUUUGCCUGAGUUGUUUGACGAGCAAAAGGAUCAAGUUACUGUUGAACGUAUAUUACGGGUUGUUUUCUUGGAUCCCGAGCGUCCUAAUCCUGCCCUCGAUAAACUUAAGCGUCAAUUAGCAGAAGCCGAUGCUGCACUAGAAGCCCGAAAGAAGCCUCCACCGACUGAUACGGGCCCACGUGUGGUCGGUGAAGGUCUUGUUAUAGACGAAUGGAAAGAACGGCGGGAAAAGUAUCUUGCUCGGCAGCAGGUUCAGGCAGUAAAUUCAGGCUACAGAAUGUUAGAAGGCAAGGCAGUUGUGGGUGAGACUGAUAUGCUGCAAACUAUGCAGCAAGAUGCACUUAAUUUGGCAGCCAAAGCUCUUGAUUUCUUUGAUGUUACUGACUCAACUGAUAUAGCCCGGUUCAUAAAGAAGGAAUUUGAUAGGGUCCACGGGUCGGGUUGGCAAUGCAUUGUGGGUACGGAUUUCGGGUCAUUUGUGACCCAUUGCUGUGGUUGUUUUAUCCAUUUUUGCGUGGGAAGCCUCGCGAUUUUGCUGUUCAAAGGGUCAACGGGUCAAGACGAGGACUCAUCAUAUUGACCAAUUACAGGCCAUCAAUUAAGCUUAGCUUAAUUUCUAAUUUUCAGCUAUAUAUUCUAUACAAUGCUUUUCAUAAUGGAAUAUAUUUUGUCUUUGUCAAUUUUGUACGUACUUUUGAUUAUUCUAUUUAACUAUAUGAAAAGGCACAGUUGGGAGAAUAUUUGUGAGUAAUUACAAAUAUUGUUAAAUAAAUCGAGUUGUUUAUGAGCUCGACUCAACUCAUUAAGGCUCGUGUUCGGCUCAUUUAGUUAAAUCGAACUCGGCUCGACCUUUUAGACUUGAUAAAUAGGAAUUUUUAUAUAAUUUUUAAAAUUAUUAUCUUAUCACAGUUUGUUAAUGACUCCGACUCAAGCUUGGCUUGACUCAUGAUUUACUGCUUUAAGUGAAAUACAUCAAUUUGCAAUUUAUAUAAUGUUGAUGGUUAUUUUUAGGACAUGAUUACUG